UCUUUGCGGGCUUAACCAUUUGAGAUAGACUUCUAACUUGAUAACAAAAAAGCAGCACCCUAACUAAUGAUGGGGAGUUGCUUCAAUGUGGGAGGUAGUGUUUAGAAAAUCCGACACGUUGGCGUUUGAUAAACGGCAUUUUCGUUAUGUAAUCAGUACCACGUGAUUACACCGAACCCGGAAACGACUUUACAACUUCAGCAACCUUUGCCACAAUAUUCUUGAAGCGAAUUAGGAAAACAAUAAAGAUGGAAUACUAAUAUAUACUAACAGGAAAAUAUUUGUAGUUGUCAAUCAAGUGCAAUAUGCGCUACUGCGCCUCGAUGGGUGUUUUUGGUUUGUUUUUCUGUGGGGGCCUAUUGCGUGUGUCUAUGUCUAAACAAGAACCCGAAACGCCAGACUGGCGAAAGACUUUAAAAACAAUCCGUAAUGGAGUUCACAAGAUUGAUACAUAUCUAAAUGUUGCGCUGGACCUGUUUGGCGGCUAUGAUGGUUUGUGCCAAUAUAAAUGCACUGAUGGAUAUCAGCCAGCCCCUCGUCCUGGCUACAGACCACCGCCCCCUAACGGCUGCGGAUCUCCACUGUUUGGAUUCCAUUUUGACAUAGGAAUCCCAUCCAUGACCAAGUGCUGUAACCAACAUGACCGUUGUUACGACUCCUGCGGUCGUCAGAAACUUGACUGUGACGAACAAUUUCAAGACUGCCUUGAUACCAUCUGCAGGAACGUGCAACAGACUCUGGGAUUGGCCCAAGGGGUCCAAGCGUGUGAGUCAGCGGUGAUUUUGCUCUUUGAUGCAGUCAUGCAUUUGGGAUGUAAACCUUACCUGGACAGCCAGCGGGAGACCUGCAUUUGUCAGUUUGAGCUGAUGAAGGAGUUGUGACCAACAAAAAAACACUGAAGUGGGCUGUGAAGAGCAGGUGAUUAACUAAAACACUGGAAAAAGGAAACUACAGCUUUUCAAACUUUAAAAAGUAUUACUCAGGGUUUAGUGGUGGGGUAUUUCUGGCAAGUGAAUGUGGAUUAUAAGCAUUACUUUAUUAAUGAUUUAUUUAUGUAUUUAGAUAAUAUUUGAAUUCUACAAAUGUGCAAUAUUGUUUAAAUCGAUUACAUUCAAGUUAAUACAAAUGGUGUAGGACAAUAUCCAAUGGAAAACAGCAAAUAAAUGUUUGUGUGGAAAUACAA